AUGUCUAUCGUAGGAGUUGUUGCUUGUAGAUGUCGUACUCAUGUUCCUGAUAUUGAGCCAACAAUUACUUACAGAGAUCAUACAGCAGCCAACCUGCCACCACCAAAACGAGACACUUACGGACCCGUUGCUUUUAGCAUCCGCAAAAUUUGGAAUAUGGAGGCAGAACGAUCGCCCUUGAAAAGUUCAUGGGGAUAUUGCGGUAGCAACGGCGAACUACCAGUAAUGGAG